CUUAGACCCGGUUUUGCCAGAGGCGUUUGUGAGUAUACACACUGGCAUUUACUAAUAUAAAUUCCCUUUCAACGGACAUCUGAUGGUCUUGUUUCUGGAUACAAAGUGUAUGACCUUCAGCCACUGCAGUAAUCGACUACUGCCUCCGGCAAUGAAUCAUAUGAAUGGUGGAGACAAAGAUCUGUGCUGCUAUAACUGAGAGUGACAAGUAGAAGCCUGCCUGCAUUAAGACUCCCGUGACGUCAGAUCCAGUAAGAUGGACAACUGGGUGCCUAACCCUAGAGCCAAGCCCUACGUCCCCCGUAGUCGCUUCCAAGGAGGCAAUGUGUAUGGUCAGCAUAUUCGCAGUUACAGCAGUAGACGAUGUAUAUCCAAAGUGUUGCAGGGUGGGCUGGUGCUGGUCCUGUUGGUGACUGUGUUCAUCAAUAUCACCUUUAUUCUGGACACCAGCAAGAAACUGCGAGACAACCCACAAAGCACAGACUCUGUUGACAAGGCUGCUGGUGGUGACGGCAAGGGCAGUGUGGUCGAGAUGAGGCAGUCCAAGUCCAUCUCCAUCGAGGUUGUGUCCAGCAAGGAACUCGUCUUCGUCUCGGUGGACGGGACAACUAUACUCCAUGAAAAUGUGUUUGAGCUCAAUAGGGGCAUGCAUGUCGUCGUCCUGAAUCAAGCAACGGGCAGUGUGAUGGCGAAGCGGGUGUUCGACACGUACAGUCAGCAUGAAGACGAGGCCAUGGUGUUGUUUCUCAACAUGGUGUCGGAUGGCAGGAUCAUUAUCUUCACCAUCAAGGAUGAGGCGUCAUUCCAUCUUAAGUCUGUGGCUCGCACAUUCUUACGGAACCUAGGCAGUGAGAAUGUUGAAGCUCUCAACUGGCGGGAUAUGUGGUGUUUUGCUGCGACCAAGGGAGGCAAGAAGUUGGGGGAAGCACAUGGCAAAUCCCCCAAUCUGUCCUCUUGGGGGGAGCGGGCAGCCUUCAAGGUGGACAUCCCACUGUCCAGCAUAGCAGAUGCCGAGUGUACGUGGCCUGACGAUGAUGUCGGGCGGAGGAGGAAGGCUUUCUGUAGCAAGGUGGAGGGGUAUGGCAGUGUGUGUAGCUGCCAAGACUCCGCCCCCAUUGUCUUCACACCGGAACCGCUGAAAAACAGUAAAAUAGCCUCUGUUCCAGUGGCAGUUAUAGCCAGCGACCGACCCCAUUACUUAUAUAGAAUGUUGCGGACCCUGUUGUCGGUGCCAGGAUCUAACCCCAAGAUGGUCACAGUCUUUAUUGAUGGCUACUUUGAGGAACCACUGGAAGUUACCAAGCUGUUUGGGUUGAGGGGAAUACAGCACACACCCCUUGGAAUCAAGAACGCCCGCAUUUCCCAGCACUACAAGGCCAGCAUGACAGCCACGUUCAACCUAUAUCCUAAUGCAGAGUAUGCCAUUGUCAUUGAGGAAGACUUGGACGUGUCCCCAGACUUCUUCAACUACUUCAGCCAGACACAGCACCUGCUGGAACAAGAUGAGAGCCUGUACUGUGUGUCAGCCUGGAACGAUCAGGGCUAUGAGCACUCCUGCAAGGACCCGGCCCUGCUGUACCGUGUGGAGACAAUGCCCGGGCUAGGUUGGCUGCUGAAGAAGAAGCUGUACAAGGAGGAGUUGGAGCCGCAGUGGCCGACGCCGGAGAAGCAAUGGGACUGGGACAUGUGGAUGAGAUCAAGCUUUAUCCGGAAGGACCGCGAGUGUGUCAUACCCGAUGUGUCCCGCACGUAUCACUUCGGCUCCAAAGGCCUCAACAUGAAUCCCUACUUCCAGGAGAUCUACUUCAAGAAACAUUCACUGGUCACAUUCUCCAAUGUCAAGUUAAAAAAUAUUAACAGCAUUCAGAAGGAAAACUACGAGGAGGUCGUUAAAAGUCUCAUCAAAUCGGCAGAGGUGUUGGAUCAUAAGAAAUCUCCAUGUAGUGAAGACUUUAUUCCUGUUUCACAGGAUAAGACAUAUGUUAUGUACAUACAGAUGAAUUCACCAACAGAUUAUGUUACUUGGAAACAAAUAGCAAAGUGCUAUCAUUUAUGGGAUUUAGAUGUCAGAGGAUUUCAUAAAAGCAUGUGGAGGUUGUUCUAUAAAGGGAAUCACCUCAUUAUGGUGGGGUCACCUGCUUCUCCAUAUGCUGAAUUCAAACCAAAAGAUCUGGUACCAUUAUUUCUGAAUUCAACAGAAGUGGCAAGAAGGUAGCAUUGGCUGACACAACCAAUCAACAUCCAUUUCUACAUCAACCAAUCAGAUUCAACAUGAAAUUCAGCCAAUCAGCUGUCAAGAUCUACCAUUCAAAUCAAACAGUAGAAGUCAUUAAUAUAUCUUGUGACAGCAGAAUAUGCUUGCAGUUUCCUUGUGUGAUAUUAUCAAUCCAUAUAGAUUUUAAUGGACAGGAUAUUGUUAUGUAUUAUUGACUUAAAGGUGCAAGAUUGGGUCUUAGUUUGUCAAAUAAAUUAUAUUGGAGUUGUAUUUGAUGUGGGAAUACAAAUACCAAAAUAUCACAUUGUCCACCCUUCCCUUUGAAAGAUAUUAGCCAUUAAUAAAAGGUGAAAACCUGACAUGGCUGUCUGAUAUAAGUAGAUUCAAAUAAAUUGUGAAAAGAUGAUGCAACGCAUGAACAGACGGAAACCCGUCUAUUCAUUAUGUGAAACAUACAUCAGUUUUUAAUUUGACAUAAUCAGUGAAUAAGGAUUGGUGGUUUAAGGGUCCAGGACGUUGACAGUUCUGGGUGUUUUUAAAUCAUGCAUGAAAUAAUUUCCGAAUGUGACAUCACACCUUUACUUCUUGCACGAUUCAUUUCUCAAACCAAAACAAUAGAGUUAAGCAAAGCGAUGCCAACAACCAAAGUGCUGCGCAGAAUAAAUUGGCUUUGGCCAUGGUUUUAUCAGAGGCAAAUUGAAGAGAAAACUCAUGUGUUAUUCUUAUGGGGGAGUAAUUGAUGACCUGCUAAUGAGCCUACUCCUACAGUGUAGUCACUGGAGCAGAAACUUCUCUGGUGGAAUAAGUGAGCAGGGCAGAGUAAGUGCAGGAUUUAUUGGCUGUUGUUUGUAAACAAUGCUUCAGAAUGGUCAACGUCCUGGCGCUUUUAGUCUUCAGUCUAGCAUACAUGGAAGUUGUGUGUAGACAAAAUGUUUCUGUAUCAUAAUAUGUGAAAGGCACAUAGGCCAUUUAGAUCAUGCAAUUCUGACCUUGCACCUUUAAAAUACAUGAUUUCCUUACAUUUAACAUAUCAUGUCUCAUUGAGACAGAGAUGACAUAUUUGUGAUGUACAGAAUGUGGUUAGGCUUAAAAAAAUAAAAGAAAUGGUUCUCAGGCAAUGACUUUUGAAAAUAUAGUGUGGGCGGGUGGUAGUUUUUGGGGGUUUUUUUUGCUUGUUCAAACUAGUAUGUUACCAAAUAAAAAGUUGUGUACCAUCAACCUUGGAAAGGGACACCCUUUAUUUAAAUACAAGCAUACAAACUCCUAUUGCUGCCAUGACCAUAACAUGAGAUGUGCAGUAAAGCAGUGUGCAUGUAAAGGGAAGUAACUGCGUGCUAUAUUAAAUCGCUUAGAUAUUAGGAUUAUUUAUGUAUUUUGAAAAUGGAAAAAAAAAAAAAACGUGCGGUGGACUUUAUGAUGAUGUUG